AACUCUCUCUCCUUAGACUACAAACUGCACGAAAGUUAAGGUUGUCGUAACCGAUGGCGAAUCUGCCCCAAUCGCUCUCCAUGAACGCGCCCUUCGGAGGCCCAAGCGCGUCGGCCCCAACCGUUGCCGGAGCUCCGGCGAACAAGGAUCGGAAAAUGGCCUCUGCUGAGCACUUGGUCCUCGACCUCAGCAACCCUGAACUCCGAGAGAACGCUCUUCUCGAACUCUCUAAGAAGAGAGAAUUGUUUCAAGAUUUGGCUCCAUUGUUGUGGAAUUCUUUUGGUACUAUUGCUGCACUGUUACAGGAGAUAGUUUCAAUAUACCCUGUCUUAUCACCACCAAAUCUAACUCCUGCUCAAUCGAAUCGAGUUUGUAAUGCUCUUGCACUUCUUCAGUGUGUAGCCUCUCAUCCAGACACAAGGAUGUUGUUCCUCAAUGCUCAUAUACCGUUGUAUCUGUACCCCUUUCUCAAUACAACAAGCAAGUCAAGGCCAUUUGAGUACUUGAGGCUGACUAGCUUAGGUGUCAUAGGUGCCUUAGUAAAGGUUGAUGAUACCGAAGUUAUUAGUUUCCUUCUCUCAACAGAAAUAAUUCCGCUGUGCCUGCGUACUAUGGAAAUGGGUAGUGAAUUGUCAAAAACAGUUGCAACAUUUAUAGUUCAGAAAAUUCUGUUGGAUGAUGUGGGCUUGGAUUAUAUUUGUACCACAGCAGAACGGUUUUUUGCAGUAGGUCGAGUUUUGGGGAACAUGGUUUCGGCCCUUGCCGAGCAACCCUCGUCCCGGCUGUUGAAACAUAUUAUUCGAUGCUAUCUUCGAUUGUCAGAUAAUCCAAGGGCUUGUGAUGCAUUAAGAAGUUGCCUCCCAGACAUGCUAAGAGAUUCUACCUUCAGUAGUUGCCUUCGUGAAGAUCCGACCACAAGGAGGUGGCUACAACAGUUGCUUCACAAUGUUGGAGGAAAUAGGGUUCCUGCACUUCAGGGCGGGGGAGGUUUUGAUCAUAUGAUGGUGAACUAAUAAAAAAUAUGCAAUGCUCUUAGACUUUCCAUCUGCUAUUUAUUCUUCCAGGAAGAUCCCACCCAAGGAGGUGGCUACAACAGUUGCUUCACAAUGUUGGAGGAAAAAGGGUUCCUGCAUUUCAGGGCGGGGGAGGGUUUGGUUAUAUAGAUGGUGUACUAAUCACAAUUAUGCAAUGCUCUUAGACUUUUCAUCUGUUUUCUUCUACAUGUAUUUUCUUCUUCUCUAGAUAGGGCAGUAUAGUGAGAGUAGCUUAUCCAUAUAUUUUAAUCCAAUUUAACAGCGCUAAUUAGCAAUGUUUUGUUGUGAUUUCUGAAACUUGGGCUGAAGUACAGAAGCCAGUUUGGAUGAACUCAAGAGAUUCUUCUUCAGUACUUUAUUUUUAUUAGCUA